CACAAAGAAGAAGACUUUCCAAGCACACUUUUGCUUUGCUUAUCAUAUUCAUUGUUGCUUGAAUUUCACUAACCUAUACUUUCAUCUAAAAUGCCACCAAAGGGAAAAGGUGGUAAGGGGGGUAAAGGAGGUGCUUCAGGAGGUGCAGACGCUGACAAGAAAGAAAAAGCACCUAAAGGAGGCACUGCUGUCAAGGUCCGACAUAUCCUCUGUGAAAAACAUGGGAAAUGUAUGGAGGCAAUGGAGAAACUGAAGGCUGGAGUCCGUUUCAGUGAAGUCGCCUCACAGUACAGUGAAGACAAAGCUAGACAAGGAGGUGAUCUGGGCUGGAUGACACGAGGGUCGAUGGUCGGACCAUUUCAGGAUGCAGCAUUUGCUUUGCCUAUCAGUUCCAUGGAUAAACCUGUGUACACAGACCCUCCUGUCAAGACCAAAUUUGGAUACCACAUCAUUAUGGUGGAGGGGAAAAAGUGACAAGGAGCGGCUCUACACUUGAAAUGAGGACAUUACAAUUCUACAAUGUGUUUUAUUCUGAGACUGAUGAUUUCCUGAUUUUACUCCCACAAUGCAAUGUUUGCUUUAUAUUUUGCUUAAUGUUUAACAAUAAGGAAAUUAAAUGAUCCUGGUGGGGAA